UACUGCUCAACGUUGGUACUUGCGUAAGGAUCUGCUUGUUCAAUAAAGCUUACUAAUGUCCACUGCAAUAACGUGAGUUUUUAAUAAUGCGACCAUUGGCAUUUAAAGUUUGACAUGUUUUGGUGACAUUGCUUCAAGUUAGUUGUUCAAUACCCAAGAAAAUGAACCGUUCACGACCAAUUCUAAAUUCAAUUCAUGAAGUGAAACUUUAUAUGUGUACAAAAACUAGGAUUCCAACUCAUUAUGAAACUCUAAAAAUCAAACCAGAUUGUACACAAGAUGACAUUAAGUCAGCUUAUUACGAAUUGUCAAAACAAUAUCAUCCUGAUAAAAAUAAAUCCACAGACGCUAAAAUACAGUUCCAAAGUGUAUCGGAUGCAUAUGAAAUCUUAGGUAACUUUUCUAAGCGAAAACAGUACGAUCGUGAUUUAGCUGCAAGAGGGCAACGAGCUUCAAUUGUAAACAGACCAGUUCAUGAAGCAAAAGAAGAUCCAUUGGCAGCAUUUUACAGAUCACGAAUGUCAAAUUAUGAUCAUGUAAGAGCUCAGGAGGCUAGAGCUCAUUUUGACUUUGAAACAUGGACAAAGGCACAUUAUGGACAAACUUUGAGAAGGACUUUGAAAGAUAAGAGGAGUAAAAUAAUAAGACAACAAAUGCAGUUAAGAGCUGAGCAGCAACGAGUGCAGGAUAAACAUUCAGCUAUAUUUGUGUCGAUUGCAAUGUUUUUGAUAUGUUCUGGAUUGAUAAUACAACACCAUACUAUUUCAGAAUACGACGAAAAUUUGAUUAAAAAGCAACAAAAUUCGGAUAAAAAAUCAUAAUAUUUCCUAACAUCCC